AUGGAUGAAGACGCGAUGAAGGGGCUACAAUUGCUGGAAAUGAAGGAUAGUGAUGCAGCCAUUCCAGAAAUCCCAAAAUUCAGUGGCGUCGUUACGGUUUCGGUUGAGGGAUAUGACACUUUGCUUCCUCCCGAAGUUGUCGCGAAAGCGUUGAGAAGACACUUCUCUUGUUGUGGAAAGGUCAUAGACGUUGCUCUUACAGCAUACACUGAAACCGAUGUUUUCCUGCCUUUUCUCUACAAAUUUGCUACUCUCCGUAUUCGGGGAGAAGGUGUAGAAGAGAAGGCGUUGAGACUUAGUGGAAGCGACGUGGGAGGAUGGACUGUCGUCGUUGCUGAGGCUUAUCCGUGUGACGAACCUAUCGGUAUUGAGGUUUCGGGAGCUGAAAGAGCUAAAGAGGAUUCGGAAGAUGGAAGCGCCAAAAGCAGCAGCAGUUGGGAAAGCUGCGUGAUUAAAGUUACGGGACAUGACACUCCGCUUCCUGUGCAUGGUAUCGAGAGCGCGCUGAGAAAACAUUUUGCGUCAUGCGGUCAGAUCAUGGCGGUUGCAGCUGGUGAUCCCAGCUUCCUUAUUAUAGAUGGAAAAGGCGCACAAGAGAAGGCUCUGUCACUUAGUGGAAGUUACAUGGGAGGAUGCAAACUAGUUGCUGAGCCUUCUCCUAAGAGUGCACCUGAAGAAAACGGGAAACGCAUUUAUGGCGCUCCUCACCUCGCUCGUUGGGAUCAUAUUGUCAAGGCUAGGAUGUUGUGGGGAGCUGAGAUGGCUAAGACUAUGAAGAUUACUGACAAGGCUAAGAUGGUGUGGGAAGAACAGAUGGGUCCUUAUAUGGAUGCGGAGGAUAAGAAGAUGCUGUGGGAAGCUGAGAUGGCUAGGAGGGAUAUGCAGAACUAGGACUACAAUAUGAAGUAGAGACAGCCAUGUUUUUUAACUUGUGAUACAAUAUGCUUUUGUUUGGGUGUUAAAACUUAUUUCUCUGUGCACAUGUUUCAUUCAUGCUUUUAUUAAGUCUAUU